AGUGCUGUAAUGUAGUUGUUCAUUCAUGAAGUCACCUAAAUGGGACUCAUUCAAAAAAAAUCAUUGGAUAACACUCUUAUGAGUUGUAUAUUUCAGAAGAUAAGGGGUACUUUAAGUUACAUCAUGACACCACAUAAUUGAAUUCAAUACUGUGUUUUUGUGCAUUUUAUUUAAUCAGAAAUUAAAAAAACAUAAGAUCAAUGAAGCUUUCUACUUUUGAGUUGGCCAUCAGCUUACACUGUGGUGUAUGGCAGCUGAUUUUUCUUUUUGUGUACAAUCUGUUUAGAACAAGUGUGACUGCUGAAGUUCCUCUGAUGUUAGUUUCCAAGUAACAGUUACCAAGGCUGUGACUGUCUGUAUGCAACAAGUCAGAACAAAGUCACCUACUUCCUCUUGACCUUGUGGAUUUAAUUCAGUGAGAAUAUUGUAAUGAUUCUACAUGUUUUACUCUAUUUCUUUUACAAUAAUGGUCUAUAACAGUACACAUUUUAGUUACAUUUGCAUUGCAGGUUAUUUUCAGCUUUAACUGUGAGUAAUUGUGUCUUCACAGAAAUGCUCAUUUUACAUUUUCACUCGCUCCUCAUAAAUUAGCCUUCCUCUAUGCCUGUAUGUGUUUUACUGUGUGAUACUUACCAAACAAGCACAUCAUUUGAAUCCAUCCAUUCAUUUAUUUAUUCAUUCAUCUCCACUCUCUCCAGCUGCUGUCAUGGCAACCAUGUAUGACUGGCAGAAAACAGACUGCUCUCCCUCAGCUUAGUCAACCUGGGAGAUUGAGAACAUGAACACACACUUGGGCAGAAGAGGAGUCGUGACAUUUGCGACAUCAAGGCAGCCACAUACUACAAGAUCAAAGGCAGUAAUCCAACUGAAGAAGUAGAGGAAGUGACUAUAAUGGAUUUGUUGACUACUAACAGUAAUAGGCUACUUAUUUUUGAUCAAAGCUGAGGUAUAGGGUUUACGGAUUCUACUAAGAAAAGGAAAAUACUACGCAAAGGGAAGAGAAGAAGGAAGCGGUGUUACAGAUGCCAAGUGCCAUGAAAUACCAAAGAAGAAAAAGAGUCACAAGUACUCGAAGCCUGCAUGAGGAGGUCUUCUGUGUCAAAUGUCUUUUGCUUUGCAAUCCGACAAAGCAGUAUCAGAAAUAUCAGUCCUUGUUUCCAACAACAAGCAAAUAUCUUCAACAGAAGUGGGACAAUGCUUCAUAUGAUUUACACAGGCAAAAGGUUAAGGGUGCUAAUCCAUCAGUAAACACUGCUCCACCAAAAACCCAUGGUCAUCUGGUUCAGAAGUUGAAGAAACGACAGCUCGAGGAGGAGAGGGCACUUGAGAUUCAGAGGGAAAAUUUUAUGCUCUUAGAAAAAAUAGCAAACAUCAUAAGGACAAAUGGAGAAACUGACUGUUGGAAUGACUCUGAAAAGAAAAGACCAACAAAGGAGUAUCAGACAUAUCGCUCUUUGUUUCCAACAAAAAGCAGAUAUCUUCAGCAGAAAUGGGACAAUGCGAAAUAUGACUUACACAGGAGAAAGGUUAAGUGUGCUAAUCCAACAGUUAACACUACUUCACCAAAAACCCAUGGUCAUCUGGUUCAGAAGUUGAAGAAACAACAGCUUGAGGAGGAGAGGGCAAUGGAGAUUCAGAGGGACAAUAAUAUUCUCUUGGAAAAAAUAUCAAACAUCGUGAGGACAAAUGGAGAAACAGACUGUUGGAAUCACUCUGAAAAGAAAAGGCCAACAAAGGAGUAUCAAACAUAUCAGUCAUUGUUUCCCACAAAAAACAAAUAUCUUCAACAGAAAUGGGACAAUGCUACAUAUGAUUUACACCGGAGAAAGGUUCAGUCUGCUAGUCCUGCAAUAAACGCUGCACCACCCAAAACUCAUGGCCAUCUGAUUCAGAAGUUGAAGAAACGACAGCUUGAGGAAGAGAGGUCACUGGAGAUUCAGAGGGAAAAUGCUCAUCUCAUGGACAAAAUAUCACACAUCAUAAGGACAAAAGGAGGCGUUGACUGUUGGAAUGACGCUGAAAAGAAAAGGUCAACAAAGGAGUAUCAGACAUAUCAAUCAUUGUUUCCCACAAAAAACAAAUAUCUUCAGCAGAAAUGGGACAAGGCUACGUAUGAUUUACACCGGAGAAAGGUUGAGUGUGCUAAUCCAGCACUAGAUGCUACUGCACCAAAAACCCAUGGUCAUCUGGUUCAGAAGUUAAAGAAACAACAGCUCGAGGGGGAGAGGGCAGUGGAGAUUCAGAGGGAAAAUGAUAUUCUCAUGGAAAAAAUAUUGAACAUUAAGAAAGCAAGUGGAGAAACUGACUGUUGGAAUGACGCAGAAAAGAAAAGGCCAACAAAGGAGUAUCAGACAUAUCAGUCAUUGUUUCCCACAAAAAACAAAUAUCUUCAGCAGAAAUGGGACAAUGCUACAUACGAUUUACACCGGAGAAAGGUUAAUUCUGCUAGUCCAGCAAUAAACGCUACUCCACCAAAAACCCAUGGUCAUCUGGUUCAGAAGUUAAAGAAACAACAGCUUGAGGAGGAGAGGGCAAUGGAGAUUCAGAGAGAAAAUUUUCAUCUAUUGGAAAAAAUAUCAAACAUCAUAAGGACAAAAGGAGGCGUUGACUGUUGGAAUGACGCUGAAAAGAAAAGGCCAACCAAGGAGUAUCAGUCAUACCGGUCAUUGUUUCCCACGAAAAGCAGAUAUCUUCAGCAGAAAUGGGACAAUUCUACAUAUGAUUUACACAGGAGAAAGGUUAAGUCUGCUAAUCCAACAAUAAAUAAUACUGCACCAAAAACCCACGGUCAUCUGAUUCAGAAGGCAAAGAAACAACAGCUCGAGGAGGAGAGGGCACUGGUGAUUCAGAGGGAUAAUGCUAUUCUUUUGGACAAAAUAUCAAACAUCAUGAACACAAAUGGAGGAGUUGACUGCUGGAAUGAUGACUAUAUGCUGUGCAGGUAUCACUAUAAUAUGAAGAGCUGGCAUGAUGACUGGCUCAAAACUCAAGAGUUGAUGGACAACAUUGCCCCCAGCGCAACAGCACAAAAGCAACAGGGGCAACAGAAACCUGGGAAGCAGAGCAGUGGUUUUGAUAAAGAAGAAAACACAGAUGCAACCACGUGGAGCCCUGCAAGCAACAACACUGACAAGGCAGAUUCUGAAGGAAAUUACACAAACAAAGAAACCAGCAGGACACAAGCUACUGAGAAUUGAUGCAUCAGGCCAUAGAUACACACCCCUGAGCCUGAUAUAGACAUCCACCACACAAAUUCAUGUGACAUUUCUUCUUCUGAAACACUCACACACACGCACGCACCCAAACAAGAGUAGGAAACAGUCAAAGGAAAGAGAAGAAAAACGUCAGUUACGGGUGCCAACUUCCGUAAAACAACAAAAACAAGGAGCGACAUGCAUGUAAGAAGCUCGAAACGCGAUGUUGAUCAGUUACAGUUUUCUGCACAGUAGACCAUAAAAAAUUGUAGACAUUGACGCCAGAAACAGAUCACAGUAUAGUAUGGCAGUCUGAAUGUUUUGUACUAUUCUAGUCUAAAAUUGACUGUAGUACUUUGUAUAUGCUGUUUUUAAACAUAAUGUGGAUGAAUAAAAAGUCAAAAUACACCGUUCAUUUCUUCAACUACACAUUAAAUAGUACACAAUGUGACUAAAUAUGUUACAUCUUUAAACUUAUUUUACGGCAUGUCCUA